AUGCCGUCGCGCAAACGGAUAGAACACCCGACAGGUAGUGACAGCGGCGAUGAGCUGUCGUCUACUCUGCAUCAUAUUCGCAACAUGUGGCAAUUCGCCAACUUGUGCCAAUGGAUAUACAUGUUUGGAAAGGCUGCAAAGAUUGAUGAUGCCAUCGAUAUCGAGGAGAUGGAAACGGAUUGCCUAAAACCGCAACAACCGCUGCUCUCGGACAUAGCACUAGCUUUGCUCAAGCUGGUCUCCUCACAUCGUGGACUUACCCCAGAUGUUCUGGAUGAUCAGCUUCGGAAGCAAUUUAUGUCCAAAGCAUCGACUCAGAACCCUUUUAGUAAUGCGGCCGAGCAUAUGACAUUCAGUGGCUUAGAUGUCUUUACAAAGAUCAAGGUCCUUCAAAAGCUAACGCAAUGGACGAUGAUACACCCCGAGCGCAUUCGGGAGAAGAUGUCAGAGCAGAAAGACGUUGAGCAAACCGAUUGGCGAAUCGAGCCCUACGGGUGGGACAGACACGACCGAGUAUACUACGUAUUAGACGAUAACAGAAUAUACCGACUGACGGAACCACCAAGGGACACGACGCAGCAGAAAUCCAAAAGGACGUCUCAAUAUGGAGCUCGUCGUCGAAUGAGGAAAAGGCAACGUGUAGCAUCAUCAAGUGAAGACGAAGAUGAUUCCGGCAACAAUCGUCACACAUCACAGCCUCCCGAAGAUGAUCUUGUGGGCGGAUCCUGGGAAUGUAUUGCCAUAACAUUGCAAGAAGCUCGAGCUUUCGUGGAAACAUUGGUUAAAACGCGUGACGAAAAUGAAAAGAUUCUACGCAAGCAGCUAGAAACACACUUACUGCCAAUCUUAGAAAGGCAAGAAGAAGCCAUGAAGCGGAGAGAGAUUCAGCGAGAACGAGAUCUGCUGAACCUGGCCAAGAUGGCAAACGCCAAAAGAUCGAGUCGAAUUGCUGACAAGGCGGAAAAGCAGAAGAAGGAGUUAGAGGAGAAGGAGGAGCGGCGUCAAAGAUUGGCCGCGGAGAGAGCCGAGCAUCAGGAGAGGUUGGCCCAACAGAAGCUCCAGCAAGAACGCGAUUUCCGAAUGUUUGCUCGGCAACGUCGCAUGAAGGAGAGAGAAUCUCGCCGCAUCCGCCAUGAAGCUGAGCUGGCACACCUUUCUGAGGAUAGCAAACACGCUCUGGAGGCGACGCGUAUUUCUGAGCGGCAUCUUCAAGCCGAGAUCCAGCGAAAUCGACAGGCCCUCAGGGACAUUGAACAAGAAGAAGAAGAUUGGAUUUUCGAUUGCGUUUGUGGACUCUAUGGCCAGGUUGACGAUGGCACUCACAGUGUUGCUUGUGAGAAUUGCAACGUAUGGCAGCACAGCAAAUGCUUAGGCAUCAGCGAGGACGAAGCAGACCAAUCUGAGUUUCACUUCAUUUGCUCAUCUUGCAGGCGCCGAGAAGAAGAAAAGAACAAGUCACCAAAGACAAUCAUCAAAAUUAAGGUUCGGCCGUCUAAUGCCUCCACCACCACUUCAGCAGAAGGGAACGCAGCGUUGAAAGUGCAGCACGACCCAACCACCUAUAAGCAGCAAGAUCGACCUUUACUCGACCUACCAGCUAAGGUGCAAGAAGAUGAAACUCAGCAUCAGCCGGUGAAUGUGGACCUGAUUGAAGCACAACAUCAAACAACAUCUGCACAGCCUCCUACGGUAAACCUGCGCCAAGUAAGCGCAGCUCUACCAGCCGCAGUUGAACCACUGGCCAACGCUUCAAAAGUGGAAUCUCUUGAUACACGCGGCUUGAUGUAUGGACCAGGAAGUCGACCCAUUUCGACGUCCGAUCCAGCUGCAGCUAGGCAAGACGCCAUAGGGAAUGUGCAAUCUCAAACAUCCUCUCAAUCCCAUUUACCAACUUGGAAGACAAAGGUUCCAGAUAAUUCGGGCGAGGCUCUUGGUUCGGCGUCACCUUCGAGAUCUAAGGAGUGGAAAUCCUCGAUCUUAUCUUUCAAGCACAAUGGCCACUCUCCUUUACUACAACAAUCACCAGCAACCGUCACGCUAGCACCACACACAAAGACCACCGUGGCAUUUGAGGAAGCUGCUGUGGAAAGGCAUGCACAGUCUCUGCAUGAUUCACUGUCACGCUCUACCAUGUCAGAUCCACACUCGCAAGGCUUUGUACAAACGCCAACGUUGCCAACAGACCAACACCAAAACGGCUGA